AUGUCCUUGUCCCGAAUUACAUCCUACGGUUCUCUAUCCCCGGAGAGAGGGAGAUCCCCUUCCGGCGAAAAUGUCCCAAGACUUCGCAGGCUGAGCUUCAGUCCCUUACCGGACUCGUGGGACCACCCGAUCGUCCAGGACACCGUCCCAUCCGUUGGAGCCUUUGAAGUGCCUAAAGCACGGAGAUUAUUGCAAAUCAUCGUUUCGGUGAUCUAUUGUCUCUUCGCAGCCGGAAUCGUUUUUGGCUAUGCUGCACUCAAGCCGGUCCUCAUCCGCGAACAUGUAUACCGAAACCUCUGCACGGAGGAUGAGCUGAAGAGAGGAGUUCGGACUUGCUACGAUCAGGAAAUACAUCUGAAUUUGAUGUUCACGGUUGCUGCUGUUGGAACAAACGUGGCUGCUCUGCCCGUGGGGGCUAUAUUGGACAAAUUCGGCCCCCGGGUCUGCGGAAUUAUUGGCAGUUUCCUGCUGACAGUUGGAUCUCUCCUCUUUGCUUUCGCAUGGCAAUUACCCUUCGACGGCUAUGUAUUGGGAUACCUCUUCCUGGCUCUCGGAGGCCCAUUCAUCUACAUAUCAUCUUUCCAUCUGUCAAACGCCUUUCCCAAACACUCAGGUCUUAUAUUGGCCUUGCUCACGGGAGCUUUCGAUUCCUCAUCUGCCGUCUUUCUGAUCUAUCGACUCAUAUACGCGUGGAGCAAUGGCGCAUUUUGGCCUAAAUACUUCUUCCUCCUCUAUCUUGUCGUGCCAGCAUUCAUCCUUGCUGUCCAAAUAUUCCUCAUGCCCAAGGCAUCCUACAAAACUGUCGCUGAGCUAGUGGAACAAGUUGAAGAAGCCGACGAUGUCUUGGACGACCAGAUGGAUGAGAAUACCGCUCUGCUCAUUGACGAGCGCCGCCAACGCCAGCAAUCUGUAGUUUCAGAGAUCACGGAUUUGAUUGGGUCCAAGUCGGGAGCAAAGCACCUCAAAAAGGAAAACAAAAAGAACAAGAUCUCUGGCGUGUGGGGUGCUAUGCAUGGCAAGAGCGUCCGGCAACAGAUCCUCUCCCCUUGGUUCAUCCUUAUCGCGCUCUUCACCGUCAUUCAAAUGACGCGCAUCAAUUUCUUUGUUGCAACCAUUCGGCCCCAAUACGAGUAUCUCCUACACUCGUACGAUAAGGCGGUUGAGAUCAAUACCUUCUUCGACAUCGCCCUUCCCCUCGGCGGCAUCCUUGCGAUUCCUUUCAUCGGUGUGGUGCUGGAUCACACGAGCACGCCCACCGUACUCACUGCACUCGUCACAAUCGCAACGACCAUUGGUGUUCUGGGCUGCCUCCCUUAUACGUGGGCCGCGUAUGCGAACGUCAGCCUUUUUGUACUCUACCGGCCCUUCUACUACACCGCGGUUUCCGACUACGCGGCCAAGGUGUUCGGCUUCCGAACUUUCGGGACCGUAUAUGGAACCAUUAUCUGCUUAGCGGGACUCUUCAACUUCAGCCAGAGCGGUCUCGAUGCAUUACUGCAUAAGGUCUUCAAAGGGGACCCGGUACCGGUUAAUCUGCUCUUGUUAGGGACUGCGUUCGUGAUUGGCUGUGCGCUUUGCGUCUUUGUAGGGAUCAGAGCGUAUAAGAUGCGCAGGCAGGACUUAGAGGAGGAGGCAGAAUAUGCUAGAGAAACUCCAAUGCCGGGUGCACUUAGUCCCGAGAGGCUGUGA